UGUUAAUAUUCCCCAUGUAAUGUUAAUGGGGAACCUGGCUGCAUGUUAUUAAAGUGUCAUGUAAAUGCAUCAUAAUGCUCAUUACAGACGUUCAGAUUUAUAGUAUUUUUUAAAUUACAAAACCUCUUCAGACUGUACUGUCUUUGGUACAGUAGCUACCGUUACUCAGUCAACCACAGGCAGCAGGGCAGGGGAAGAGAGGACUGACCGAGGGAAAGUGGGGAGAGAGGAAGAACUCGUGGCCUGCCUGACCUACUACCAUAUAUUUUCAUGCGAAGAAACUGCACGACCAAGAACCUCUGUUUUUGGUCCCCCAAAACGACUCUGGCCCGGGCCUCACUCAGUCCGCGGUCUUGAGUUGGUUAGCAGGGUGAUUGAAGCACGUCUAUCGGUGUCACAGCGCGUCUUUUCCACCAAGGAGGCAGUCAUGGGCGACAGCAGAGAUUCCCGCAGCCCAGACAGCUCCUCUGUGUCCUCCCCUCCCUCGGGCCUGCACUCACCCCCCCUGACCCCCACAGCUGCCGCCAUGACGUCUCUGCCGCCCUUCACCUCGGACGUCAACAGCCCCACCAGCAGCAUGGGCUCGCCCUUCUCUGUCAUCAGCACCUCUUUGGGGUCGCCAUGCCUGCCCGGGACACCCUCGGUGGGCUACGGCCCCAUUAGCAGCCCCCAGAUCAACUCCACAGUGUCCAUGUCGGGACUGCACGCAGUCAGCAGCUCGGACGACGUGAAGCCUCCAUUCGGGCUGGGGGGCCACAGCCCAGGGGGCCCCAUGCUCUCCCAGAAGCGCCUGUGUGCCAUCUGCGGCGACCGCUCCUCCGGGAAGCACUACGGAGUGUACAGCUGCGAAGGCUGCAAGGGUUUCUUCAAGCGCACGGUGCGCAAGGACCUGAGCUACACCUGCCGGGACAACAAGGACUGCCUGGUGGACAAGCGCCAGCGCAACCGCUGCCAGUACUGCCGCUACCAGAAGUGCCUGGCCUGUGGCAUGAAGAGGGAAGUGGUCCAAGAUGAACGACAGAGAUCCGUGCAGGAAGAGCGUCAGAGGAACAAGGAGCGGGAGAGUGAGGCGGAGUCGACCAGCGCCGUCAACGAGGAGAUGCCCGUGGAAAAGAUCCUGGAGGCCGAGAUGGCCGUAGAGCAGAAGACCGAGGUGCAUGCCGACGGGACCUCCGAGGGCAGCUCGCCCAACGACCCGGUCACCAACAUUUGCCAGGCUGCAGACAAGCAGCUGUUUACCCUGGUGGAGUGGGCCAAGAGGGUCCCCCACUUCUCUGAGCUGGCCCUGGACGACCAGGUCAUCCUGCUACGCGCCGGUUGGAACGAGCUGCUGAUUGCCUCCUUCUCUCACCGCUCCAUCAGCGUGAAAGAUGGCAUCCUACUGGCCACCGGCCUGCAUGUGCACAGGAACAGCGCCCACAGCGCUGGCGUUGGAGCCAUCUUCGACAGGGAGAGUGCGCACAAUGCAGAGGUUGGGGCCAUAUUUGACAGAGUUCUCACUGAGCUAGUCAGUAAGAUGAGAGACAUGCAGAUGGACAAGACCGAGCUCGGGUGCCUCCGAGCCAUCAUCCUCUUCAACCCGGAUGCCAAGGGCCUGUCCAGCUCCAGUGAAGUGGAGUUGCUGAGGGAGAAGGUGUACGCAUCGCUGGAGUCCUAUUGUAAACAGAGAUACCCCGACCAGCAGGGAAGGUUCGCUAAGCUCCUCCUCCGGCUGCCAGCGCUACGCUCCAUUGGCCUGAAGUGCCUGGAGCACCUGUUCUUCUUCAAGCUGAUUGGUGACACCCCUAUCGACACAUUCCUCAUGGAGAUGCUGGAGGCGCCCCACCAGCUGACCUAGGAACCAGGUUCUGCUCUGGUCCAUCAGGGAUUCUAGUUCUGGCACCCUGGUUCUCGGACUUCACCAUGUCUGCUGGUUUUGACAUCCCACUCACACAAACCCCACAACCCCUUCUUCACUCAUUAAAUCCUGCCCCCAAGCUGAUACAGCUCUCCAAAAGAUCAUAUGCUGUCAAAAACAAACACUUUUUCCAACACGCACACAGAAACACAUACUUUUUUCACAGUAGGGGUUAAGACACAUGGAAAUAUCUAUUUUUUAACCACAAGUUUUAUCAUGAGUUAGCGUUCAGUUUGUAGCCUUCAGCUUUGUGUGUAAACGCUUCUGCGAUAUCCGGUAGACCUCUUAGCUUCUUGUGGGGUUCGUAGGUUAUUCAGAUACAUUGCUGUACGCAAAGAUAUGACGAGUGGCUUACUCCGCCUUUGGUUUUACUCUUGGGUUUGCACCAAACCCAUCGUAAUCAGGUGUGUAAUAUUUCAAUCAAGUCUCCCAACUUUUCCAGCUUCUAUUGGUCGGGACACAACCAACGGAGGCAGACGCGCCCCUCUCAGUUCACCAAUCCGGAUGUGAUUUGAAUACUAUCCUUUAUUCACGCUGAAAUGCGCUGAAUUUGUUUUGAAGUACUGUACUCAUAAAAUGAGACCUUUUUAAGGCAUUGAAAUCCAAGGAGGGGGCACUUUGAUUGGCCCUUCUUAAAGCUCACACCAGGCUUUCAAAGAUAUAAAGUGACUUAUAGGAUGUUUUCUUUUGUUUCUUUGUGGUGUUUGGUCUUCAAGUCCAAACAAGGGCCAUUGGGCACAGAAAGUGCAACCUUGUUCAAGAGCACUGCGUUCAUUGGUGCUGUUGUAGAUCUUUCUUUUUGUUUCAUGCCCUAUCCUUGCUAAUGGUCAUUUUUUGCACUCUGAAACGUUACUGUGUAAGUAAACAUUUAGCAGAAAUCCUUCUGCCCAUCUUUAAGAAACUGGGGGUGAUCACAACACACACGUCAUCGAACAAACCGCUCCCCAUCUUUCAUCAUAAACCGCUCCCCAUCUUUUAUCAUAUGUCUUCUUAAGAACCAAUAUGUUAAUGAGGGUGCUUCAUUUUGUGAAAUGGCCGUCCGUUCUAAGAAAGCCAGGAUAUCAUUGGAUAUCUUGUUCUAUUGGCCUACAAUACCCCUACAAACCCCCCUUCUGAAUCCUCCGCUUGUUUCAUUCAGUGCUUGCAGCCUCUUUCCGUUAGCUUUUUACAAUUUGUAAAUAAGAUGACACAUCUACUCCUUCACUAGAGUACGAUUGGGCGAUCCCAGUCGAUGUAUACAGUAGGGAAGACACAGGCGUUAGCGAGCAUAUUAAUACCCACACACAACAAAAAGUAUGCACCGAUAGCACGAGCUAUAGUAUGAACAGCUAUUGUACACAUUCAACAUGUACUGUAAAAAAUGUUUUUAAGGGUUUUACCAAUAGACUGGAUUUUAAGCUUGAAAAACCCACCUAAUUGUCACUGACUAGAAGGUUGCUAGUAGUUGUACUAGUAGUUGUGAUGGUAUUAUUUCGGGCAACUGUCGGCAGUGUCACGGGCAGGGCGAUAGACCCCGCCCCCUUAGGCUGACCAGCCUCAGACGAUACUUCCUGUUUAGCGUGGAGCUGAUUGGCAGGCUUCAGCGGAUGUAAUGUGUGGUCUGCUUACGCAAAGCUAUGCACCAGGGGCUGAUUCAGCUCCCCAUAACAGAAAUGGAUGUCAACACAUUAGAUACAAACAAAGCAUCAUUACAUUUUUCCUAUUUUGUUGCCUUACAAUCUGGAAUUAAAAUAGAUUUUUUUUGGGGGGGGGGGGGGGUUGUAUCAUUUGAUUUACUUACACAACAUGCCUACCACUUUGAAGAUGCAAAAUAUUUUGUCUUGUGAAACAAACAAGAAAUAAGACCAAAAAAACAGAAAGCUUGAGCGUGCAUAACUAUCCACCCCCCAAAGUCAAUACUUUGUAAAGCCACCUUUAAGUCUCUUGGGGUAUGUAUCUAUAAGCUUGGCACAUCUAGCCCCUGGGAUUUUUGCCCAUUCUUCAAAGCAAAACUGCUCCAGCUCCUUCAAGUUGGAUGGGUUCCACUGGUGUACAGCAAUAUUUAAGUCAUACCACAGAUUCUCAAUUGGACUGAGGUCUGAGCUUUGACUAGGCCAUUCCAAGACAUUUAAAUGUUUCCCCUUAAACCACUCAAGUGUUGCUUUAGCAGUAUGCUUAGGGUCAUUGCCCUGCUGGAAGGUGAACCUCUAUCCCAGUCUCAAAUCUCUGAAAGACUGAAACAGGUUUCCCUCGAGAAUUUCCCUUUAAUUAGCACCAUCCAUCAUUCCUUAACUUCUGACCAGUUUCCCAGUCCCUGCCAAUGAAAAACAUCCCCACAGCAUGAUGCUGCCACCAUGAUGCUGCCACCAGAGUUUUCCUUGAUGGCCAAAAAGCUACAUUUUAGUUUCAUCUGACCAGAGUACCCUCUUCCAUAUGUUUGGGGGGUUUCCCACCUGCCUUUUGGCGAACACCAAACGUGUUUUCUUAUUUUUUUCUUUAAGCAAUGGCUUUUUUAUGGUCACUCCAAAAAGCCCAGCUCUGUUGAGUGUACGGCUUAAAGUGGUCUCUUUGUUUUUGGUCUCUUUGUUUCCUCUCUGGUUAAUGCCCUCCUUGCCUGGUCCAUUAUUUUUGGUGGGCGGCCCUCUCUUGGCAGGUUUGUUGUGGUGCCAUAUUCUUUCCAUUUUUUAAUAAUGGAUUUAAUGGUGCUCAGUGGAAUGUUCAACGUUUCAGAUAUUUUUUAAAACCCCAACCUUGAUCUGUACUUCUCUACAACUUUGUCCCUGACCUGUUUGGAGAGCUCCUUGGGCUUCAUGGUACCGCUUGCUUGGUGGUGCCCCUUGCUUAGUGGUGUUGCAGACUCUGGGGCCUUUCAGAACAGGUGUAUAUAUAUUGAGAUCUUGUGACAGAUCAUGUGACACUUAGAUUGCACACAGAUGGACUUUAUUUAACUAAUUUUUUAUAUCGAAAUAAAAACAUCUUACCUGCAUGUGACUCUGUAGGAUUUGAAAAAGUCACUUUUUGGCACUCUGAAAAAGACAUGUCCUCUUAACUGCUUAUAACACUUAUUCUGUUUGUGAUAUCGAAAUGAUAAAAUAAGUGUGUUCAACAGACUUAUUUAGGAAAAGUCAAGGACAGACUUUACAACUGGCAGAUAUUUCAAUUUAAAAUUCAUAUUAAGUCAAAAUGGAUCACAUGCCUCUUCUAGUGCUAAAACAGUGCAUUUAAGGUGAAUCCCUUGCUGUGCUGUGUCUUGUCCUAUAAAAUGCCAUUUUGCUAUGAGCAGAUAUGUAUUUAGUACAGUACAGUAUACGUAUAACAGCUCUAUUCAAAUUCUACAGGUUUUAUAAGCUAAGCAUGUUCAAGUUGUUCAGGCAUACAGUUUAUCAGAAGAUGGUCCCAAGUAAUUAUUAUUUAAUUUUUUUUUACAAAAAAAUGUAUUUUGAUAUGUCGCGGUGUUGACUGCGUACAAUGAAGCCUUGUUCUGGUUAUACCAGCAUGCUCGGGUCUGCUGCAGCAUGGAGAGAUUUUCAACAAAACAACGAGAUGCACAGAAUAGCAAGGCGCAAGCGAAGGGGUGAAAAUUGGCAAACACGUUUCCUGGCCCCUUCCUCUUCCCUUGCCAACGGAGUGCAAUGGUCAUUUGGUAUUACUUGAUGGCAGUGCGGCGGUGGUCGUCGCCCUUGGAGACAGACCGCCGGCGUGCGGCCCAAAGAUGCGUGUCCUUUGUGACCGCGUGCACUCAAGGCAGACGCCUGGACCUUUGAUUACGUUCAGUAUCUCCAACUUACUUUUGAAAUCACUUGCUUUAAAUCAAAUUAAAACGCUUCUUUAUUAAAACUGAGGCUGUGAAGCUGUCAUGUAUUGGUAUGUAGCGGGGCGCAAUACUUGUUUUACAUAGGCACCCUGGAGCAAAGGCCCUCUGCGAUAAUCUAAACACCCCAUGCGGUUGGCUGGUCUGCGCCACCCAUGUGGCCCCUAUGGUGCUAAUGCUGUACAUCGGUGCUUUUUAUUUUUAAGGGUCGACCUUACUUUGAUUGCCAAGAGGGCAGAGUUACAAGCUAGGAACGUGCACAGAUCAUUCGGCUAUUUGGAUAACGGUUCUAUCUUCCGUGUCCAGCGCAAACAGGAGUGUUUACGUUGAAAAAUAUGCGUUGGGACACUGCAGCAAACCUUGGCUUUGGCGAAGAAAAAAAGUGGAGCCAAUGCAUGGACUCCAAAGGUGUGCGCUGAAAUCACGCCUCUGGAUAGUGUCCCAAUACAUUGAAUGAACUUGAGUGGAGGGCCAACUCGACAUGGUAGACGCCACUCUUUAUAGGAGGGAGGUCGUGCUCUCCAGUUGAAAGAAUGCUUUCAGAGUUGAAGUGCUUAGGGUGGGGCAUAGGGUGGGACACUUUGACUUGAUCAGAUGAUGGUUUGUUGAUCAAGAAAAUCUGUUUUCUUUUUAAUUAGAUCUAGAGAUGUCCUGUCAUUGACUCACACCACAAUAUACUGCUUCAUUGUCUGUGUUUGACUCUUUCCCAUGACCACGCUGUUCAUCUUUCAGGUGUAUUAAACACAUGCAAAAACUUAUUCACGUGGGUUUCCUUUUUCUCAUGUUAAUUCUUUGUCCAGUUUUUAUCUUUGACUCCAGCAUACAUGUGCAAAUUAUAUACUCUUUUGUGUGUUUUGGGGAAGGAAAGCAACAACAAGAAAUUGUCAUUCGGAAUCUGCUUCUGUUUGUUGUAUCAUUUCCAAGUAAAGGUUUUAAUACUGUA